AUGGGGCGGGUGGCGGGGAUGCGGAGGGUGGAGCCCCAGCCCCGGGCCCGGCAGAAUGGAGGCGGGUUCGGGCGCGGCUCGGAGCGUGGCAGAUCGGCUGCUGGAGCAGCCGUGGCGGUGACCGAAGAGCGGCUGAGCCCCUGCGACCCUGGGCGGAGCUCCGCGAUCCAAAUGUCCGGCUCCCGGAGCGAGGUGGGCGGGCGGCUCGGGACCACCGCCCGGGCUGGCAUGGAGCGGUGGCGGGACCGGCUGGCAUUGGUGACAGGAGCUUCGGGGGGCAUCGGCGCGGCUGUGGCCCGGGCCCUGGUCCAGCAGGGACUGAAGGUAGUGGGUUGUGCCCGCACCGUGGGCAGCAUCGAGGAGCUGGCUGCCGAAUGUAAGAGUGCAGGCUACCCCGGGACUUUGAUCCCCCACAGAUGUGACCUGUCCAGCGAGGAGGAUAUCCUCUCCAUGUUCUCGGCCGUCCGAUCUCAGCAUAGCGGUGUGGACAUCUGCAUCAACAAUGCUGGCUUGGCCCGGCCUGACACCCUGCUGUCAGGCAGUACCAGCGGCUGGAAGGACAUGUUCAAUGUGAACGUGCUGGCCCUCAGCAUCUGCACCCGGGAGGCCUACCGGUCCAUGAAGGAACGCAAGGUGGAUGACGGGCAUAUCAUUAACAUCAACAGCAUGUCGGGUCACCAAGUGUCACCCCACUCCAUGAUCCAUUUCUAUAGUGCUACCAAGUAUGCUGUCACCGCCCUGACAGAGGGACUGAGGCAAGAGCUCCGGGAGGCCCAGACCCACAUCCGAGCCACGUGCAUCUCUCCAGAAGUGGUGGAGACACAAUUCGCCUUCAAACUCCACGACAAGGACCCUGAGAAGGCAGCUGCCACCUAUGAAUGCAUAAAGUGUCUCAAGCCCGAGGAUGUGGCCGAGGCUGUCAUCUAUGUCCUCAGCACCCCUCCACAUGUCCAGAUUGGAGAUAUCCAGAUGAGGCCCACGGAGCAGGUGAUCUAGUUUCCUGUGGGGAGCUCGGCCUUCCCUCCCCGCCCCUCGCAGCUUGGCUCCUGCCUCUGGAUUUUAGGUGUUGAUUUCUGGACUCCUGGAUUCCGCUUCCUCUCCCCACCCGACCAGGGGCUAAAAAAUUCGUUUGAAGUUUUUAUAUCUUAUCAAAUCGUUUCCAUCACAAAUAGGAACAGUGGGCUGGGAAGAGGAGGUGGUGUCCCUGAUUAUUUUACCUGUUAACUCAUUCUCGGUCCCCUUCUUAGGCUCCUUGGCCUUUGUUUGCUCUCUUCCGUCUCUUCCUUUUGACCUGGGGAAGGGACUGUGGCCAAAAGGGGGGCUCCCCCGUCCCUCAGGAAGGAGGUGGCAGAGAGAAGCCCUCACCUUCCAUCUGAAUGGUAAUCCAAGGCUCCAGGCUUCCUCCUCUCCCUGCCCUACUGCCCGCAUCGCCCCUUCACUUCCCCCAUCCCAGUUCUCCAGCCCAGGCUUGGCUUCUUGGCUCCCACAGGGGUUAUCACUCCACUGACUAUGGCAGCUGAAUACCAGGGCCUGCCUCCCAAGUGGAUUUCACUGUGAUAAUUAAAAAAGAAAAAUGGCAACAAC